AUGAGCAGCCGCAACAACCCCGUCCCGGACGCCUGGGAUGACGACUGGGAGAGCAUGGCCGACAAGCAGCCCGCAGCUCCUCCCGAGCCCGAGCCUGCCAGGAAGAUUAGCAAGGCCGAGCGCCGAGUACAACAUGCACAAUUCAAUAAGCAGCUGUGGGAGCAAGCAGAGACUCCCGCGGAGACGCCGCUCUUCCUGCAGGCCCAGGGCCAAGUCCCGCUCGCGAACGACAUCAAGCCCGCCGUCAAGCUUCUCACCAGGAAGCCUCCACCCUCAGUCCUGGCCCGAGACGAUGGCGACGACAGCGAAGAGGAGACGCGCAAGAAGACUGAACGCGACUUUGCCGAACGCCAGGCCAAAGCCGCGCGCGAGCGUGAGGAAAAGCAGCGCAAAUAUGCGGAGGUGCGAGAGCGCUUGUUCGGAUCACCUGUUCCUGCGCCGGAAUCUUCUCAAGAGCGAUCUUCAUCUCCUCGAAACGCCCAGGGCAACAGGAAUUCCCGAGGCAAAGGUAGGGGCAGAGCGCCCGAUGGGCCGGACCAGGCCCCAACUCGAAGCCCCAAGCCCAAGAGGCAGCUCUUUGACCCGAACCAUUCGGCCAAGCCAAAUUCAGGCGCUUCGCGGUCUCGAUCGGCCACGCCAGGCGCAGAGCAGCACGUACGAGCACCGAAAGGACCCGACGGCAGCGGAAGAGGUGGGUUUGGCUUCGCCCCUCGAGGCGGCCGCGGCGGAAUAGCUUCGUGA